AAUUUCAAAAAAACUUUUGCAUUUCACAUUUCUCCUGCAAAAAAUAGAAAAACCCACAAAAUUACAUUGAAAUUUGCAUGUUUUCAAUAAAAAUAUAUUUUAUCAAUUUAAGUGCAUGAAUUUUUGUUAAAAAUAAGUUAUCAAUUAUGUCAAAAUCAUCAAUGGAUGUAACAAUUUCGUAUGUACGCGAUUUCAGUCAACAAGCUGAAAAUUACAAACAUUUUAAACUUGAAGAACAUUUAAUUUUACUCAAUCGAAGUGCUUCUCUCCUUAGCACAUCAAUCCAACCACAACAUUUUACUCCAAAUUGUUUGGAAAUCUCCAAAUUCUUUGUUGAUUUGCACGCUGUCAUCGAAAUCCUUAAUCCUGAUUCGGAUGUUUUGUGGUCCUGCAUCACUGUGCUGCAACAUUGCUCGAAAAAUCUCGAUUGUCGCAAAACAAUUGUCAACGAUUAUCGAUUUGUUCCUUUGUUGGCUUACGUUUUGAAGAAAACUUCAGCUCAGGACAAAGUACAACGCUUAUUGACAAUCAUUCAAGACCUCACUUAUGGCAUCAGUAUUACCUGGGAGGAACCUUAUCUCACGGGUUUGGUGGAAUCACUCGUUCAGAUCAUUUACGCCGAGGAGGAGAACCAAUCUCAGUUGGCUCUAUCAAUUCUCAUCAAUCUCUGCUACAAGAACUUUCCGAUUUUGUUUUUGUUCCUCCGGACUGUGAACAUUUCGAGUUUCAGUCGAAAGAUCACAAAUCAUGGAGUUUUGGCGAACAAAAUGAUGAUAAUCCUUUCGGAGGAUAUCAAUUCACCGGAAGUCAAGGAAUUGCAUGUUUUUGUUCGAGCUACAUUCGGAACAAUUGAUGAAUGCAUUAAAACUUGGAAUGUUCCAUAUUUACGUCAUGUUGUUGAGUUCCUUUUGGAUUCUAAGACCCACAAAGGACUUCAUUUGGCUAUGAGAACGUACGAUAGCUAUUGCGAUGAUAUUGAGCGACUUCUUGAUCAAAUUGAUGGUCGAACGGGUAUGGAUGAUUCUACGGAGGAGUCACGCAAAGCACAACAGAUCUGCAUGUCUUUGUUGUUUCAGUUGAUUAAGUAUGUUCUUGAACUCUCCGAACAUAAGAAUAAGGAUGGAACUGAGAGUAGAAUCAGUUUGGAAUCAAUUAUUAUCAGAAUUUAUGAAUUGUUGGGACAAUGGAUCGAAAGUGAUUUGGCAGGAAUCGAUGCAGUUCGGCUGCUUGAAAUUUUAAUUCGAACAACCAACAAAGAAAGUCUUAUAAUUAAAAUCGCCAAGGACGCCCACUUGAUCUCCCAACUAAUUGCAAUUUCCGAAAAACCCGAAACAGACUGUCAUCAUACAACAGCGAUCCUACAACUUAUACUAACUCUUCUCAGCAAGCAAAAGACAGAGAAAUUAAUUCUCUCAAAAAUCACUGAAUCUUAUUUUGAUAAAAUGUUUGCUCCCCUCUUAACAAUGCGACCAGAAAUGUUCACUUGUUCUUCAUUGGCUGUAGAGAUUCUAGAGAAAUCCAUAAUGUGUUUGCUUCUUCUAAUAAAUUUUGCAGGAAUUGCAAAGAAAGCUUAUUUUGAAAAAGUUUGUAGUCUCAUGCAAAUGCAACAAUUUCAAUAUGCCUUAGCAAAGGCAAUGGUUUCGGGUAGUGAGCUUGUCUGCGAUGCGAUUUUUCAAAUUUCUCAAUUUGAAUAUUUUCCUAAGAAUGAAGUUGCAAAAUUGAUUGCUCAAUUAAAUACUACAACAGUUAGUCCUAAAACACCUUACGAUCAAUGGCCUAAUUUAAAUUCGAUUCUUAAAACUAAUCAAGCAUUGGUUAGCAAGGACUUGGAAGAAAGAUUAAAUGCUUUGAUUGAUCUUAUAUCAACAGCAAACUCAAAUUCACAGAUAAACAAUGUUGCCACAUCGCAAUUGAUUGAGUUGUACAAUCACAAAAUGAACAUUCUUAAAGGAGCCGAAAGUAGUAUGAAUAAAAGGCUGCAAGAUGCAAGUACUGAGAUAACACAUUUAUCACAAACCGUUAGUUUGCAAAAGGCUGAAUUGGAAAAAUAUCACACAAUGAACUUUAAACUACACAUCAAUCAAGAAAGAUUGCAAACACAGUGUAAAGAUCUCACCCAUCAAAAAGAUAAUCUCAAAACCAACAUUACGAAUUUGAUGAAAAAACUAAGUGAACAGACUGAUGCACUGAAAAUCAAUGAGAAACGAUUAGAAGUUAAAGUGUCUGAAAUGAUUGUCCUCCAAAAAGAAUACAACGAACUGAAAUCCGAAUUCGAACAAAAGACUGAAGAGCUCGAACGCCUACAAACCACAUCCAAGGAGCACACUCAUCGCAUUGAAAAACUCAAGAAAACCAUUGGUGCCUAUGAGAAUGACAUCAAAGAGAAAACUCGCAAUUUGGAAGAUAAAGAUCGUGAACUUGCCAAAACACAAAAAGCUCUCGAAGAACAAAAAGAAGCAAAGAAGAAAUCCGAAAGUGUUAUAUCAUUUUUGGAAACUCAACUUCAAGAAAAGAACGAAGCAAUUCGAGGAUAUGAAAAUGAAUUACUCGAAACUGAAGAAAUGCGUAAAACUAUUUUGAGUCUUAUGGAGAGUAAGCGGCCAAAGAGAAAAGCUUAAGUUGAGUAUUUGAAAAAAAAAAACAACCUACAAAUAAUUUAAAUAAAUUAUAACAAAAAACAGGCAUAUUUUUUUUUUGAGUUAGUUUAAGUCUUAAAUUUAUUUUUUAAUUUUAUUUUGCUUAUAAACUAAAAUAACGGUUUUUUUUAUCGGUUGAACAAUAU